AUGAACGAUGAGACCAGUCGGCGCACUCGCCAUUUGCCGAAACGCGCUCGUGAGUCGUGGACGCGUCAAAGCCCCCAACGCUCGCGAUCGCCACCGGCGAGAAGGAGAAAACGCUAUCGCACGCAAGAUGGAUCGUCUACACUAGAAGAAGCAACAGCAUCUGCCUGCAUUCCUACGCAAGAAAAAUUCCCAUUUGACUACAAAGGGGCGCCUCGGUCUGAAGAGCAGUUCACAGGACCACUCCUUAGCUCGGCGAAGUCAUCUUUGAGCACGAUUACGGUCCACCAGCAGGAGUUGAUCAUCGAUCUAAUCCGGGAACGCGCAAAAGACACCGAGGGUAGUACUUGGAGGCUCGAAAAACGCCUUGACAACGCAUACGCGACGUUAGAGUGGUGGGAGACAGUCGGGUGCGAGUUCUGCUUUGUCAUGAAUGGGAACGUGCAGCCGGGUCACGCAAUGGAGAAAUGUGACCGCUGGCACGGUUGCGACAAAGCAAGGUCGAUUCUCAAAUGGCUGGAGAGCCUCAAUAUUCCCAAGGUCUUGGAGGACCCUGGCUCCUGCAGUAUGUGCACGCAUAUGUGGCUCCCGUGUGGAGAUAUUUGCCUGUCCCAGAGCAUCCAUGAUGCAGGAUCGAAACAGGAGAAGGCAAGACUGGCAAAGGAGCUUCAAUCGCAGCCAAACUUCGAUGGCCACUGCGAGCGAAAACCAAUCAUGAGGAGGGUUAUCGCGGCUCUGUGCUCAUAUGACGACCAGUUCUUUGCCAAGAUACUUGCCAAGUUAGCAUCAGAUAACGAUGAUGUGGACCUGUCACUCGAACGGAGCGCCCGAGCCUGGUUCGAGCAUCGAAUUCCCCACAAAGACAGUUGGAUACCGAGGCUUCUCUUCAUCUUCGAGGCAUUGAUAGUUGGCUUUUACGUCCGACAAAAUUAUCGGCUAGGAUUGCCACCGUUCGAUAACCUACCCCAAAACCCGCCUGGGGCUUGUCGGAGUAGCGUAGCCCCAACCAGGCUUGAAGCACCUGGAUCGACCCCCAAUCGGCCUGAUGGAGACAUUGUGGUGAAGAGGUGGGCAGCAACCAUCGACUGGUGGUGGCGGAAAUGCAGCUACUGCAUUGGGAGCGGACGCAAGGGCGAAGCCGUCCUUCAUGACCUGCGCGAAUGCGCAUACGGUGGUGCCGAAGCAAUAGAAACCGAGUUCGGCAACGCCAUCUAUGCAGAAGAAAGAGCCCCGGGCACUGCAUGCUACCGCUGUUACCUGCCUAGGCAGCUCUGUGGCAAAUGGUCGAAAACUAGCGGUGGUGGUUGGAUCGAGAGGGACAAAUCGGAGUGGACUUGCCGAUAUGGAAAGCACCUGCUCCGUGAUACGAUCGUCGGGCUCUACCAAUCCCAUGCUGUGACGUUCAUGAACGAUAUGCGGAAUGUGGCGGCGCAAUGGUACGAGAACGAGCAUAUGGCGCUAAGCCCAGUAGUCGACGACGAGAUGGUGGCAGACUUCCUCCUUCAAGGGUUCACAAACCGAGGCGUCGGAGGCAUUGAGAUGAUGCGACAGCUUGCGCUCUGGUCAAGGACGGUCUGGUAUCAUAAAUUGGCUGAUGAACUCUUGCUUCCAGACGAUGACGACGGUGGUCACCAGAGCCAAUUGUCCAAUACCGACAUCUUCGGCCUGCAUCCUUCAGCCCGGUCGAAUCGGCCUGCCCGCUUACGACGCUGCGAAUCUGUGAGCCUAGAGGUACGAUCGGCCCGAGCUCGUUGCUCUGUUCAAGAGAAACUAGAUGGUUCAUUAAUCCAUCGGUAUCACCGCCGUUUAUUGAACCCGUAUAAGCCAUCAGGGUCAGCCAGGCCUAUCAGCACAUGGUCGAAGGAAGACAUAUCACUGUGGUGCGAGAGGAGACACUGGGAAUAUCCGAAUCCAAACUGUUGGCGCGAGAACUGGAGGGAUGAUCAGAACAACGAUCUUGUCAACGAGGAGAAGGUUCAGAAGCAACUAGAGCGAUGGUCUGUCCGAUGUCCGCUCUGCCUUCUCUACCGAGAUCCCGCCUGCGAUGAGCAUCCCCUUUCAACAUGCCCCCGAGUCGAAGGAUGUCGGGCACGCUCCAUUCGCGCUCGUCUCUGGGAGAGGAUAGUAGAGCUUCAGGCAAAUGGGAUACAGGGAUACGGCCCGGUUCCUUGGUGCGGAGACUGUGGUCUGCCCCGGUCUUGCUGCCCUGCUUGGGUAAACCAAAGCGCAACAGACACGGCCUCCGAGUGGGACGCGCCCCCGUGGGGAGGAGAUGAGUAUGCCUGUCAAUCAUCGCUCGCGCGAGAGUGGCGGCGGCAGGAUGGGAGCCGAUGCGAGUUCCGUGAAGUCGUUGUUAACGCAGUCUCGGCCAUGUGUGUAUUCUCCCUUUCAGGUGGCCCUGGCACUGACACGGACACGUUCUGGGACCAGAUUGAGGCCUGGCAUAGCCAGAGCGAUAUCCGCUUCAACCAGCAUUGGGGGACAGAGGGGUGGCUCCUCUCUCCGAUGCCGUGGGGUAGGCAAGACGUCAUGGUCAUGUUGUGCAUCUUCUGUCGGUUGGAUGUAGUUGUGGAAGAUCUAUGGAUCGAGAAGGAAGUCGACCGGCGUCGAGCCGAAUUGCAUCUCCCGAGCCCCGAAGUGAAUUAUAUCAUCAUCAAACAACAACGCCAACCCCAACUCGAUCCCCAGAAGGGCAAGACGGUAGCGAAAAGAGAUGCCCCAGAUGAGGAUGCUAUGUCCUUGCAGCGCUCCAACAUCCAAGGGGCACUCGAUAUGGCAGAGUAUGAGGGAGAGCGCUCAUCUGGGUAUUGGGGGGACACCGCCUACUUAUCCGCCCUGGGAGCGCGUGUGCGAGCAUGGCGUAGGGGCGGAAUCCGCUGUCAACUAUGUUUGACGUACGAAUGGAGCGAGACUUGCUAUCUCCAUGAUAUGGAAGCGUGUACGUUGCACAGCGAAUCCAAGCCGGCGAUGACGCUGCUGAACAGGUGGUCGGGAAUUCGGGGGGCUGAAAAGGGGGAGGGGAAGCAAUGUUUGCGAUGUCGUUUCCCGAAUGUAGUAUGUCGCCCUAUUAAGUAUGAGGACGCCGAUGACAACAGGGGAAGCGCUGCGGGAGAGGGCAGUGUGAGCUGUUGCGGGGUAGAAAUAUUAUGUCGUACGGUUGCAGCAUUGCUAACAGUAGCGGAUGGCGUACUAGGGGAUAUGGUUAUCCAAGAAGAAAUGGGCAAGGAAAAGUGGGAUAAAGACUAUGAUCGGUUAUCGCGGGAGUGGAUGGGGGAACAGGUCCGUAUUGGGAACUCUACUGCUCCACGGAUCGUUCGAAUAUUCCAACGGCUCUUAGAUGGAUUCAACGGAUUAAACCGGACCGUGUGGAAGAAACGAGUUUAA